AUGUCUUUCAAACGACCGCGCGCCUCCUCUCCGUCUUCGUCCCAAAAGCGCGCCCGCGGAGCCGGCGGGCCAGGCAAAUAUAUUGCCCUAGGGACCGAACUCUCGCCAGAAGAAGAUGACGACGGCUCGUUUGUCCCGGUAUGGAAGCAGACCGUGACCGACGAGCGCGGUCGGAGGAGAUUGCAUGGUGCCUUCACUGGUGGCUUUAGUGCAGGUUACUUCAACACAGUUGGGUCCAAGGAAGGAUGGACCCCGAAGGCCUUCGUAUCCUCACGCUCGAACCGGAAUAAGGAUGCUACUCAACGACCGGAAGAUUUUAUGGACACGGAGGAUCUAGCUGAAGCCGCCGAGUCUCGCCAGCUAGAGACCGUUCAGAACGUGGCUACAAUUGGUCGUAUCGGCGACACUCAAAACGAUGCCUUAUUCGGGCUCUUCGUGACGGAAGAGGAAACUAUGGGUGUUAAGAUAGCCCAGAAGAUGGGCUGGCGACGAGACCAGGGCGUUGGACGUAAAGUUCGUCGGCUGGCUCACGUAGACGAUGGCAGCGCUAUCUCCAAGGACGCUCCCUCCGCCCACAUGUUUGCUCCGAAGGAUAGUCGUGUCAUGUCCGUUGCUCAGGGGCAGGUGAAUCGCAAAGGGCUGGGCUACAAAUCCGAAGCACGUUUAGGCACAAUCGACGCAAAGGACAAGGAAGACCGUCCAAUGCUAGCCCUUCCAUUCUUUGAGGGCUCCGCCCAAUCCCCAGCGCCCAGGAAGGCUGCCCCAAAGAAGUCCUCUUUCGGCGUCGGAGUGCUGAACGACACCGGUUCAGACGACGAGGAUCCUUAUGAACUCGGCCCUAAGAUCACAUUCAACAAGACCAUAGGGAAGGAAAAGAAGCCCAAGAAGCCCAGCAAGUUUGCGAAAGCAGGGGACAGGCACCUCUUUGUGUCAAAAAAGGCACAUGGGAAAGCCGCUCUUGGAAUCUCCUACGACGGAAAGCUUCCACUUAGAGGCUUUGUAUUAGCCACGCAAAUUGUCGACCUAACCAGCAAGCGCAAGCUUCCACCACCCAUGAUCCCUCCGGGAUGGCAAUCCUCGAAGAGUGGCGCUCCCGCUACGGACGCCCAAAACUACCAAUCCGUCGCCGAUGUGGCCAAAUCUUCUACACUCGACGCACAUGCCAGGGCAUCGCUCCUAGGCGAGUCACCUCUCCCCGGCAGAUCCGUCUUUGAUUUCAUCCCAAAAGAAGCGCGAGAUCGUCUUGCUACACUUACAGGGAACGUCAAUCUUCCUCAAGGCUUAGGACAAACAGCUCCAGAGGGGCAGCAGUCCGCAGCUAAGGCACAACCUAAAGGCUUAUGGUCGUUCGUACCGGUCUUGGAUAAAGGGACCGCCGCCGCUGCUCUGGCCAAAGGUGCGACUGGAUGGAUGCCCUACGCCGAAGAUUUGAAGAAACGUGCCAGAUACGUCGGCUUUCUGGAGCUCCGUGCUGGACAGAAAACGGACCUUCCAGAAAGACCCGACGAGAUGCCUGUCUCUGACUGGGCUAAAGAACUCCAAGAGUUUGCACAUGCUGCAGAAGUGUUCAAGCCAACAACGGGCAUCAUGGCAUCGCGUUUUACCUCAUCGACCGCGUCCCACCAGAUCGGCAGCACAGACAGCGGCAACACCCUUCUUCGAAAGCCGGUCGCGAAGCCAGAGGAUCCAGCAGAUCAAGCCGCGAAAUUGGGUAUGUACGGUCCCAUGACACGAAGCAGCUUUCCAUUUCACCCUUCCCGGCUGCUGUGCAAGCGAUUCAACGUCAAGCCUCCUCCGGAUGUUCCAUGUGACUCCGCACCUGACGCUGGUGAUUACAGCUCGAAGAGUAGGACCGAGGAAGCUGUGUCCAAGUCAGCGAUGGAUAGAAUGCUGCACGAGGUGUUGACCAAGGGUGCGCCCACAUUGCAGCGCCCUGCAUGGAUGAACCCCACCGCGCAAGAACGUGUCCCACCGGCUGCGCCUUCAACAGAGCAUGCAACUGUCGAUGUUGACACCAAUGAAGCGUUGACUCAGGAGCGCGCUCCCGAGGACGUCUUCAAAGCCAUUUUUGGCGACGACGACGACGACGAUGAUGAUGAUGAAUGA